UCCCACGGCAGGGAAGGCACAGAUUUGGGAUGCCGUGGGAUCCCGGGGGCAGCGUGAAGGGAUGGGGGUGUCCUGGUCGGGCAGGCUGGCCACGAGGCCAGCAGGGCCCCGCCAAGCCAGCCUAACUGAAGGGACCAGAUGCCGGGGGGAGCUGCGGCACCUCGGGGCUCGCACAAAGCCCUUGCGCGGGUCCGGCCCCUCCGGCCGCUGCAAUCCCCGUGCGCAGAGCGCACACAAUCAGACGGACAAGUUUUGAUGUGAGGCAGCAGCUUAGGGUGGGCUCAGGUUUCCUUUGGGUUUUCUAUAUUUAUCUCCGUGAUUUAAUGCCAGCGCCGGGGUUUAAAUGGCACCGAGCAGUUGGCGCGGGGAGAGGCAGCAGCCGUCCCCGAGCCGCGCACACGUCCCGAGCCGCCCAUGGAGCUCUUCGAGACCAACCCGUUCUUCUUCCCGGAGCAGAGGUUUUACGAUGGGGAAAGCUUCCUGGGCUCCCGCCUGCCGGGCUACGAGCCCGCGGCGUUCCCCGAGCGCGCCGAGGGCGCCCUGUGCGCCCCGGGCAGGGGCGCUCCCGAGGACGGGGAGGCGCUGGCCGAGCGCUGUCCCGGGCAGUGCCUGCCCUGGGCCUGCAAGGCGUGCAAGAGGAAAUCCGUGUCCGUGGACCGGCGGCGCGCGGCCACGCUGCGGGAGAAGCGGCGCCUCAAGAAGGUGAACGAGGCGUUCGAGGCUCUGAAGCGCAGCACGCUGCUGAACCCCAACCAGCGGCUGCCCAAGGUGGAGAUCCUGCGCAGCGCCAUCCAGUACAUCGAGCGGCUCCAGAGCCUGCUCAGCUCGCUCAACCAGCAGGAGCGGGAGCAGCGGGACCUGCGCUUCCACCCCCAGCCCGCCGCAGCCAGCGAGUGCGGGUCCGGCAGCUCCUCCUGCAGCCCCGAGUGGAGCAGCCAGCUGGAGUUCGGCACCAACCCUGCAGAUCACCUCCUGGCUGAGGAGGCAGCCGAGGAGCGCGACCUGCACUCGCUGUCGUCCAUCGUGGAGAGCAUCGCCGUAGAGGACGUGGCUGUGACAUUCCCGGAGGAGCGGGGCCAAAACUGAGCGGGCACAAACCCCGGCGGGCUCCUUGAGCGGGAAACGGGGUGGGAAUGAGGUGCCAGAGGGGUCCAGCCACUGGAAAUCCCAGCCACCCCUCCAGUGCCAUGGGGUCCUUUCCCAAUCCUUGUGGAGCGCUCCUGCUGGGCUGGAAGAACAGGCAGAGGUGGGAUGGGGCAGUGCCAGAGCGGCUGCAGGUCCUGGAGGGGCUUCCUGGGGCCAGGCCCUGCUCCAGGUCCUUCUCCAUGUCCUGCUCCAGGCCCUGCUCCAUGUCCUGCUCCAGGCCCUGCCCCAGGCCUUGCUCCAUGUCCUGCUCCAUGUCCUGCUCCAGGCCCUGCUCCAGGCCCUGCUCCAGGCCUGCUCCAUGUCCUGCUCCAUGUCCUGCUCCAGGCCCUGCUCCAGGCCCUGCUCCAGGCCAUGCUCCAUGUCCUUCUCCAGGCCUGCUCCAGGCCCUGCCCCAGGCCUUGCUCCAGGCCUUGCUCCAGGCCCUGCUCCAUGUCCUGCUCCAGGCCCUGCCCCAGGCCUUGCUCCAGGCCUUGCUCCAGGCCCUGCUCCAUGUCCUGCUCCAUGCCUGCUCCAGACCCUGCUCCAGGCCCUGCUCCAGGCCCUGCUCCAUGUCCUGCUCCAGGCCCUGCUCCAGGCCCUGCUCCAGGCCGUGCUCCAGGCCUGCUCCAGGCCCUGCUCCAGGCCCUGCUCCAUAUCCUGCUCCAGGCCGUGCUCCAGGCCGUGCUCCAGGCCCUGCCCAGGCUGCUGCCCCCUGCCUGGCCGGGGCCGGGUGCCUUUGGGGCCAUGUGUGUCCUGCCUUCGCUUUGCUGAGUUUUCCAGACGCUCCUUGACCAAGGUCUCUCUCCGGCCGGUGUCCGGUGCUGCUGACCCAGAGCCCACCUGUCUUUUCUACUGAAUGCUGUGUGCAGUUGCCAUUUAGGGUUUUUUUAAUUAUUAUUUUUGCUAACUUAUUUGGAUUCUUUUUUAAAUAAAGGCAUUCUUGUUUGG